AUGACCGAGCAGGUAUUUGAACUGGACCGUAAUGGCCGCAUCAAGCUGGAUACUCAGGUCAAGAAAUGUUUGCCUGAAGGCGAACGAUUCAUCGAAGCCACUGCUUGGGGCGCAUCUGCGUGGACGCAAACCGCCAGGAUCAAGACGAGAUUGAGGAACGGCACUCACAAUACGUACUUUCUAAAAUGUACGACAGACCCGACGGUCAUGAUGGAGGGCGAGUUCAAUUCAACCACCGCCAUGCAUAAUCUGGUGCCUGAUUUCGUACCAAAGCCAUACGGCUGGGGACGGUUCUCGUCAACUCCUCGAGUAUACUUCUUUGUCAUGGAGUUCUUGAACAUGAGGCCCACGAUGCCGAACCCCGUCGUCUUUUGUCAUCUAAUCGCUGAAGUCCAUCAAAAAAGCGUCUCUCCGAAUGGCAUGUUUGGCUUCCCGGUGCCAACAUGCCAGGGGCGGAUCAUUCAAGGCAAUGUUUGGACUUCCAGCUGGAGAGAAUGCUACGAUGCUUUGAUCACAGAAGCCUACGACGAGGCCAUGAAAAUCAACGGGCCGUGGGCCGAGUUUGAGGCAGCCUUCGCAACGCUCAGACAAUAUGUCAUCCCGGCGCUGCUGGAUCCUCUCCAGUCACAUGGCCGCAUCCUCAAGCCUUGUUUGGUGCAUGGGGACUUGUGGGAGGAGAACGCUGGGGUCAACAUUGACACGCAACAACCCGUCGUAUUCGACCCAUCAUGUAUGUACGCUCACAACGAGUAUGAUUUAGGAAUGUGGCGUCGCGAGGUCAUUCGCUUUGGCCAGCCUUACUUCCGACAAUACCUGAUGCGCAUGCCGCCAAGCGAACCAGCCUCACAGUGGGACGACCGGAAUCGCCUUUAUUCAAUCAAGUUCAACCUGACGCAUUCGGCGCAUUACCUUGGUUCGCCCGCCAGAGAAGAUGUGUACAAGGACAUGGGCAUCCUGAUCAACAAGUACGGUCCGCGCCACGAAACCAACGGGCCUUCUGCUACAUAA